UCUUGGGAGACUCCAGUGUAUACAUGUGUCAGACAUGAGUGGAUAUGUAUAGUCAAGCAUAUUCAACUACAGUUUUCUUUUUUAUAUAGAAAAUAUAAAUUAUUUAAUUGAAAGGAUUAAGAUUGUAUUUAUACUGUAUUAAUGUGAAUUUUUUCAAGUAAAACAGUAUAUGAUAUAUAUAAUCAUUACUCAAGUUAAAAUUUUGCAAAAAAACCAAAUGUCUGUCAGUAGUUGAUUAUAUAUAGUUUGUGUUAUAAACAUUACAUCAUGAAUGAUUCCUUUUUGAACGACAUUGAUCCAGGAGAUCCAGGACCUCGUCAGGAGUUAAACCAGUUCAUAACAACCAGAAAAAGUAGGUCUUCAGGUGGACCAGUGAAAAAUGACGACUUUGAAUUUUUAACUCAAGAAAAUAUAAAUACAAUUACAAAUGCAGGUAUUGUCAACAAGAAGGAAUUACUUAAUGAUCAAAAGAAAAAGAGUACAAAGCAACAUGAUUUUAAAAAACAGAUUGAACACGAAAAAAAAAUACCACUCAUAGAAUCUAAAGUGCUUGAUAAAAAAUUGAAAUCACUCGAAACAAGAGGUAAAUCCACAGAAUUGGCACGAGUAAAAUGUGAGGAGUUGAAAACAAAACAUCAGAUAUUGAGAAACAAAGUCUCUGAUCCAAGACAAAUUUCCAAAGAUUAUAAUCGUCGCUCUGGUAGUUCAACUCCUUCCAGUAGAACAUCUGAUCCAUCAAGUAAAGAAAACAAUAUAUUGUCGGAUAAUGUGACUCCGAAUCGAAAUUCAGCCUCUUUAAAGAAAUUAGAGACCAAUGAUUCUUCAACUUUAUUGAAUUGUGUUAAAGAAUUGAUAUCCUCAAAUGCAAAGCAAGAGAGCACCAAAAUCUUAAGAGCAAUGCAGGAAUUACAUAUAAAUUCUCAAGCAAAUCUCAUUAAACAUUUGUUAAUUCAAACAGAAGAUUUAACAAAGGAAAUUCAUCCCAGUAGGGAUACAUCGCGAUUAAAAAAGUUAGUCGAAGAAAAUGAACGAAUGCGAGAGGACAUUAUUAUUUUGAAAUUAAGAAAUGAAGAAUUGCAAAGAAAAGUCGAUGAAUCUAUACUAAUGAAGGAAGAAAAUAUUGAGUUAAAACUUAAAAUAAAAGAAUUGCUCAAGUCUGGAAGUUAGUUUUAAAUAUACGAAAAAAAAUAAUUUAAUUUUUUUAAUUCAAAUAUAAAAUAAUAACAGUCAUGGACUGACAAUCUAAAAAAUUAUAUUAUUAUUUUUAGAUUUAAAUGUUAAAAUUGAUGUCUUAUCAUGUAAUAUGUUAAUAAUGUGCCUUAUAUUGUUGAAACAUGUUUAAGGACAUAAGUGGAAGACGUGAGAUUAGACAAUUCCUGUAUGGGAGAUUUCUUACUCUAUUUUAAAAUUAACACUAAAAAUAGAAAUUUUUUAAUCUCACGAUUUUCACGUGAUAUUAAUAAUUUUUUAAAUAAAGUUUUUUACUUUUCCAAAAAAAUUA